CACUCCCUCCAAAUUCCCAAAUUUCAAUAUCACCAAUCCACCAAAUAGAUGAUAAGGAUUGAGUCAUUUGAAUGGAUGACAUGACAUUAAGCUGAUACGGUUGAGUUCAGUUAGGAAAUCAUCCAUGGCCACGUUACACUGCAAUUCUCUUUUUCUCAACAAAAUCUCUCACCCCAUUCCAAGACACUCUUUCAAUCCUCUUUUCUCAUCUGCAGGUUUUAUCCCAAAUCUUUCCACUUCAAUUUCCACAACUUCCACUGUAUUUAUCCCCAAAAUUUCCAUAUUGGCUUGUAACGCUUCUGCUGACAACGCACCAGUAUCCAAUUUCUCUGUAACCGAUUCCUAUAAACUCACGUAUUUAGAGGGAAAUAGUUGGCUGUGGAAUGUGGGUGGAGCAAAUAUAUUGGUUGAUCCAAUUUUGGUCGGUAACUUGGAUUUUGGAAUUCCUUGGCUAUAUGAUGCUUCUAAGAAAUUCUUAAACAACUUCCAGCUUAGUGAUCUUCCUGAAAUUGAUUGCUUACUCAUUACUCAAAGCCUUGAUGAUCACUGCCAUUUGAAGACCCUAAACCCUUUUUCUCUGAAAUUUCCAAAUACUAGAGUUAUAGCAACUCCUAAUGCCAAGACCUUACUGGACCCUCUUUUCAGAAAUGUUACAUAUAUAGGACCUGGACAAAGCUCUGAAAUCGAAACAAAAGAUGGUUCUAAAAUUAGGAUUAAGGCUACAGCAGGACCAGUUCUUGGACCACCUUGGCAACGUCCUGAAAACGGGUAUACUGUUGAAGUUUUCUGGUAUCUUGUUACAUCUCCACAGGUGCAAUUGUCUCUCUACUAUGAACCUCACUGUGUGUAUAAUCCUGGCUUCAUUGAAAAGGAAAGAGCAGAUAUUGUGAUCACACCGGUCGUAAAACAGUUAUUGCCCAAGUUUACAUUGGUUUCAGGACAAGAAGAUGCAGUGAAACUUGCAAAGCUUCUUCAAGCCAAGUUCGUUGUGGCAAUGAAAAAUGGGGAUUUAGAUAGCAAAGGGCCUCUUGCAAGCAUAAUUCAAUCAGAAGGAACAAUAGGAUCAUUCAAGGAGCUUCUAUCAAAAGAAUUACCAGGCGUGAAGGUUGUAGAGCCUACCCCAGGAAUUCCAGUUGAAAUUCCCGCAAAUUAAAUUUGUGGACUUCUUGCUCCCGUUCCCCCUCCAUUUUCUCAGGAAGUACAACAUGAAAUCACACUUUCUUCAUGUUGAAUGAACUUUACUCUCACAAUGGUGGGACUAGGCUUAUUCGUCCUUCAGUUUUGGAAGGAGAUCCAAAUAGUUUGCUCAAACCAAACUGAUCUUGUUUGGUUCACACGUUUUAUGUUUCCCAGCCAUGUCUAAAGCUAAAGAACUGAACUGCAUGUGUGUGGUGAACUGAACCAAACUGCGUGCAAACUGUCAAACUGGCUAACUCAAUCUUUAGCAGUCUGUUCAGCAAACCUUGACUGCAAAUCGUCUUUAGUAAUUGACAAGAACUCAAUUAUACUGCUUGCAAGGCAUAAAUUAAACAUACUGUGAAAAACAAAGCAAACACCAAAAUAAUAAUUACAGCACCCGUAAUUAUCAUAGCAAAAGUAAAUUAAAUAUAUUUGUUAUUCAUUA